AUGUCAGCGCUUUCCUCGCGCAUCUCUUCACUGGCCCCGUUCCUGCUGCAGUCACCACCAGGACAAGUAGAGAAUGUGUACAAUGAUAUAGCAGGUCUUUUGCAAGCCGAAGAAGACACAGAAGGCUCUUCCAUCAGUGAGAAGGAGGUCAACAUCCAGCUGCGGAAAGCUGCGGACCCUGCUUUGAAGGAUCACAACGAGCAGCAAUUUGUUAUUGUCAAGGUUCAAGGUGGCACAGCGACGAGCGAUGCGACGAGCACCAUCAUUUGUCAAGAAGCGCGGUUACAGGUGCAGGGCAGAAAUAGAUACAGGCAUGCUCGUCUGCCGAUCAGCUUCGAGAUCGAUCACAAGACUCUGGUGAGUCACAAGUUGUUGGCACAUGCCGGCGGAUGAGGAAGAUGUCGAGCUCACUCACAAUCGAUGCUCGAUGCGCAGGCUACAACUGCGGUCAAAUCGCUAGAACACAAUGCGGAAGUGGAGCCGCUACGUCGAGCGUGGGAUGCGGCCCUGGCAGAGUACAUUGGUGAUCGCUACCCGGAUGGCAAAGCGGCUGUAUUUGCUCGAUUGCUUGGCGAGCCGACUGGUGGUAGUGCCUCAGAAAUUGAGCCCACAGCUGCACCUGAAAAGGGGCUCGCCUCCUCGGAAGAAGCGGACGACUCAGACAAGAAAGCCGAGGAGGACGCAGAAACAUCUGCUGAAGGAUCCCAAGAUGUCGAGGACAAGGCUGCAGCAGAGUCGAACGUGCCUGCUGCCAGUGCAACGCUCAAAGAGGUCAGCGGACCUGCGCCGCUUGUGGCGCAUAUAGUCGGUACAAGGCUGAAUCCUCGCAAUUUCUGGUGAGUGGAAGUCGAGGACGCACGGUCGCAAUCCGGGACCUUCUAUGGGUGACUGAAGGAAUCGGACGCUGAUACGCUGAUCAUGCUCUGUCUUUGCUCGUGCACCUUCUGACAGGGCGGGAAGAUGGAGGGGAACGUACACGUAUGACCCCAGCCAUUCUUCAGUGUUGGCAGCGCGCUAUCAGAUCGUGGUGCACUACUACGAGAACGGCAAUGUUCAGAUGAAUUACGAACACAGCGAAGAGCUUGCAGUAUCAGGAGCGAGCGCACAAGAUGCGGAAAGCGCUGCAAAGGCGCUCACCAGGGCGAUUGAGAAGGCGGAAGGAGAAGUUGCGGAAGGGAUCAGCAAGCAGGUGGAGGAAUUGGGAGGGGAUGCGUUCAGAGCGAUGAGGCGCAUGUUGCCCGUAACGAAGCAAAAAGUGAAUUGGGACAAGGUGAGUCUCAGAGGUCGCCGCGGCGCAUCCCACGUGCUUUCUUGUCGGAUCAUGCGUGCUGACAGGUUCGGACCUGUUUGUGGACGUAUGCAUCAUCAUCAAGCUGGUCAGCUACAAGAUCGGAUCGGAGCUCAGCAAGUAG